UUCAGAAAAAGGAGAAGUUCCCACUCCAAAGAGGGAAACAGACACAGAGAACGCACUACUGAAAAAAGCUUAGCAGUAUUUUCUGCCUCAUCUAUCUCUCUUUCUCCUAAAGAAGAUCCACUGGACCAAAGCCCUGGCACGAUUCUAAUACCACAGCACACCUGUCCUGUGCAGGAUGGGCACGUUUAUUCCAGGGCCAGUGGGCCCAGCCAUCCUGACGCUCUUGGUAGCAGCUGAUAUCUGGCAUGGUUCAGCCUCUCCUACCAUCAGUCCUAAUCUCCCCACUGUGAUUGUGGAGAAGGGAGACCCGGUAAGCUUGCAUUGCUCCGGGAAUUCUAGUGUGGAGUGGGUCGGCAUAAGGAAUGAGUCUAACAUCGUGGUGUACACCAAUGGCACCCUCUACAUACCCAAGGCCAGUUACAAGGAAAAGAAAAACUACCAGUGUGCUUAUGUUAACCGUACCAGUGAGGAAACAGCAUCUGUAUCUCUCUGUGUGAAAGAUCACAGCUCAGCCUGGUGUGUCCUUAAAUCCUUCAUUAGGGUGACAGAAGGUGAGGAUGUGGUGCUGCCGUGCUUGAUCGCUAACCCAGAAUUGGCAAGCAACGUUACCCUGUGGACGGACUCGCGCAACAUCUCCUCUGGAUUCUCUUUCAACGCUCAAGAGGGAAUACGUAUGCACAGAGUAAACAUGAGUGAUAAAAACUUCUAUAAGUGCCGUGCCCUGGUGCAAGGACGGUGGGUGGAUUCAGCAAAAAUAGGCCUUAUUGUUGAAGCAAGCACCUUAUCUGUCACAAUUAAAACGAAAGAUCAUGUGAGACUACAAGGAGAACCUUUCAAUAUCACCUGCAGAAUAAGUUCCCGCUCCUAUUCCUAUGAGGCAAAGUGGACCUAUCCUUCCACUGCAAAUGUCAACUUGUUUCCAAUGGAAGAUUAUAAUGUGACCUCUAGAAAAUACUUCACAGACCAUACCCUGUCCAUUCCAGCAGUACGGUUGGAAGACACUGGGGAAUAUACUUGCUUGGGAACCAAUUCCGCAGGAACUAGUAGUUCAUCAGCCACCCUCCAGGUGAUAGAGAGUGGCUAUGUGCAUUUGUCCACCAUACAGAACAGAAGCCAAGAGACAAAUUUGCACAGCAGCCUGAACCUGCACGUGCUCAUUGAGGCUUAUCCUAGACCUCACACACAGAGAUGGACAUACAUGAACCCAUCAAGGAGCUCCCAGAAUUUCACACUCAAUAUGGAAAUGACUUCUGGCAACAACAGGUACAACAAUACGCUCAAACUGAACAGGAUGGAGGAAAAGAAUGGUGGAAUAUACACAUUUUUUGUAGAUAAUGGUGAAGCCAACGCAUCCAUCACCUUCAACAUCUCAGUGAAAACUCCCCCUACAGCUAAACUGAUGGACAACAGCUCCGGCAGCCUUUGGUGCGAAGCCAGUGGUUAUCCUGCUCCACACAUUGAGUGGUAUAAAUUGCCUCGCAAUCUUCAUCCAGACAGAUGUGACCAAGGUGGAAUCCUGCUUAUAAAAGACACCAGCCCAGAGAUAACACAUGAAAUUCCCUUCGGAAGAGUGACAUCGAAGAGCACCCUCAAAAUUGAUGAGAUGCUGGACAACGUGACAUACUGCUGCCUAGCAGUUAAUAACAUGGGGAAUGGAUCCAGUUUCGGUCCAUUGGUUCGGUACAUAGCAUCUGAACCCCUGAGCGAAUUCCCCAAACCAAUUCUUAUUGCAUGUGCUGGGACGAUGCUUUUCCUGCUUCUGUGUAUCAUCUUCCUAGUCUACAAGUAUAAACAGAAACCAAAGUACCAAGUCCGUUGGAAGAUCAUUGAGGCCUGUGAGGGAAACAAUUACACUUUUAUUGAUCCCACCCAGCUUCCUUACAAUGAGAAGUGGGAAUUUCCCAGGAACAACCUGCAAUUUGGAAAGACCCUUGGAGCUGGAGCUUUUGGAAAGGUGGUUGAGGCCACUGCUUUUGGACUUGGGAAGGAAGAUUCUAUCCUGAAGGUGGCUGUGAAAAUGCUUAAAUCAACAGCACAUACUGAUGAGCAAGAAGCCCUCAUGUCAGAACUGAAGAUCAUGAGCCAUUUAGGUCACCAUGACAACAUCGUCAACCUGCUGGGAGCAUGUACACAUGGAGGCCCUGUAUUUGUCAUCACUGAGUAUUGUCCUUAUGGGGACUUGCUGAAUUUCCUGCGAAAGAAAGCAGAGUGUCUCAUAAUCCAGGAUUUAACAUUUGAGUCUUCUCUUGAUAACAUGGCAGCAGACUAUAAGAAUAUGUACCUUGGGAAGAAAUACGUCCGGAGUGACAGUGGAAUCGGUACCCAGUGUUUGGACAGUUAUUUGGAAAUGAAACCAGUAACAGCAUCAGGCUGUAUGCCACCAAACGGGAGGAGCUCGGUGUCAGGAGAGGACAUGGACGGCCAUCCUCUCGACCUGUAUGACUUGCUGCAUUUCUCCAACCAGGUGGCCCAAGGAAUGGCUUUUCUUGCUUCAAAAAACUGCAUCCACAGAGAUUUGGCAGCAAGAAAUGUGCUAGUGGCUGAUGGACGAGUGGCCAAGAUCUGCGACUUUGGCCUGGCCAGAGACAUCAUGAAUGAUGCUAACUAUGUUGUUAAAGGCAAUGCUCGCCUGCCAGUGAAGUGGAUGGCACCCGAGAGCAUCUUUGAAUGCGUCUACACAGUACAGAGCGAUGUGUGGUCUUACGGCAUCCUUCUCUGGGAGAUAUUCUCCCUAGGCAGGAGCCCCUAUCCUGGCAUGAAAGUGAACAGCAAGUUUUACAGCCUGGUAAAACAAGGAUACCAUAUGGGCAGACCUGAGUUUGCACCAGAGGAUAUGUACAACAUCAUGACUGCAUGCUGGAACAUGGAGCCCACUCAGCGGCCAACCUUCAGUCAGAUUUCCACUUUCCUUCAGAAGCAACUGGAUACCAGUAAGGAACAGGGUUACACCAACUUACCAGCCAGCACAGAAGAAGACAGCGGAUGUGAGCCUUCCAGCUAUUGUGAAGAUGAAUCUUGUGACACUGGAGAGAGCAUCCAACCCCUUCUGAACAGCAACAAUUACCAGUUCUGUUAAAGGGUAUACAACUGCACCCUACUUCUUGGUUCGAUUUCAACUGAAAUGUAGUUCUCACGCAGCUAUCACUCUGGGAGCAUUUCAUACCAGAAAGCCAGAUGUAACUUGUGGGCACUGCACUGGCAGCAGACUUCAAGACACGAAGCAUUGCCUGCCAUUACACAUCCCACCCCACCCCCCCGCUACUUGUAACUGGUUUCCAAUUUUUAUCGAGCUUAGCUUAGAGCAUGCAGGAAUCUUGGGCAGAAUCAUCGUAUAAAGUCAGCAGAUUGCCAUAGCCUACUACGCACCAGUCUUCAUAUAAGCGUGCUUGUAAGAGUUAGAGAGUGGGGAAUGUGGACUUUAAAACCAAGUUCUCUAUAUCUCCUGUACCUUUCACUGCUCAUCCAUCAGUAUAUGAGUUUAGAAUGGACUCCUUUCCCUAUCUUGACUUCUUCCUGGGAAGGAAUGCCACCUUGAUAAGAUUAGUCAAAAGCAAAUGGACAGAUCCUAUCCCAUUUGACUCUGGCUCAGGGAUUUUGCAAUAGUCAGGGUGGGAAAAGAAUCAUAACCAUUCCCCAUCUGUGAAGUUACAUCUCAAGAGGGGAAAUGACCUUAGCUGGAAGAAAGGUUCUCUAUUUCUCCACAGAUAAGAACUUCAAACAAGAAAGUAACAGCAACUCUUUCUCUCACUUGGGAUUACCAUUGUACCAUGUGCUAAUCGAGCAAACAAAAAUUUAAGUAUUAAACUGUGAUUUUUAGUAGUAUAUCCAAUCUAUUAGCAAAGCUUUAGAUUUAAAACACAUUACUAAUGAGUGACUUACAGUGCAGUUCUAUACAUGUCUAUGCAGCUGUAAUCAAGUUCCAUGGGGCUUACUCCCAGGUAAGUCGAUACAGGAUUGCAACCUCUCUUGCGCAACUGAUUUAAAUGACUGCUUUUUGUUUUGGAGACAUCAAUAUGUGAAAAUUUAGUGCCACAAAAUAUGUGAAAAUUUAGUGUCACAAAAAAGGAAGGGAGGGUAUUUUGGCCAAGCCUUAGUCAAUAUUGUUUAAUAUUGGACCCAGAGAUAAUCGCAGCCAUCAUUGUAGCUGAAUGUUUGAUCACUUAACCAGUUUUUAUAGUUUUUAGAAACUGGUAAUUUUUAUUUGCCAAUUUUUGGUUAAUGGAGAGAAAACUCACAAGGCUUAAUUCAUUCUUACUUGGCAAUUCAAAUGAAACAAGAAGCCAAAAGGAGCAAUAAGCUAGGGAAUGUACUACAUUAGGAAUAAUUUGCAACAGUAUUAGAAAGCAAGUUAUUAAAUCUGUGAUAGCAAGCAUUGAAAUAAUAGAAACAAUGUGAAUGGCUUGGCAUGCAACAGAUCAACAAGACAGGAAAUGACCUAGAAUAGUACCUAAAAUCCCAUUGAUUUUAAUGCGAGAGUUUAAAAAUUGUGAAAUGUUCUCCUUUAGGAAAGACUGGGUUUUAUUAACGACUGGAAUGUACCAGUAGCUCAUGAAGUCCCUACAUUUACUACAGCAAACACAAAUCACCAUUGCUGGAGGCUUUGUCCUUAGGGACAAACAAUAUUAGUAAAAUUAGAGAAAUUAGAAAACAAAGCAAAAUUAGAGCUCUCCAAUCUUUGCAUCUAAAACUUUGUCUGAGUUUCUAACAUCAUAUAUAUAAAGGGCAUUGCAGCAAUGUUUAUUGAGGCAAACACUCAGCUCGACUGGUUGUAAUCAAUUGUUUUAUUUUUCUGAAUUUUAUCACUCUUUGGCAUUGUUGCUCUGUAGUUUAUAACACUGAGAUUUUAUUGCAUUUGUGUUAAUAUGUAAGCUGCCCUGGGCGUUUUACACUGCAGGGUGGCGUUAAUGUGCUAAAAUAAAUUGUUGCAAUGUAUUAGUUUUUGGGUUACAAACGGGUAAGCAAAUCUCAGGCAAUUUUAUAUUAAGACUACUGACGUUUGAUAUUUUUUUCUGAAAUAUGAAAAAAAUAAAUAUUGUUAACCUGCUGCAGAAUGGAUGGGCAGUCUCAUCUGAAGUAUCUAACUCACAUUCUCCAACAGUCAACUGUAGCAAAUGUGAAUUUUUACUGCUUCCGUACACAAAUUGUCACAACUGUUUUAUGUAUUACUUUGUUAUUUUUACAUACACUGCA